AUGUUUUUGGUUUUUAUUUGCUUGGCUCUUGGACAAGUGGUUCAUUCAUCGCCAGCAAAUGAUCAUCGUUUUCGACUCCGUACAAUAUUAGGUACAGCUGAAUCGAUAGAUGAAUCAGAUCUUAGCUUUAGUGAACAACUACGAUCAAUUAAAAACAAUGAUGAAGACAAUGAUGAAGACGAUGAUGAUAGUAUUGUUCUUCGUGAUUUCGAACGCCGAAGUCCCAGCAACUCUUACCAGCAAAGAGUAUUCGAUCUAACAAAUCAAGCACGACAGCAGGGCCGGAGUUGUGGUUCGACUUGGUAUCCUGCCGCACCGGCUCUUCGAUGGGAUGAUCGAUUGGGCAACGCUGCGACUAAACAUGCCAGAAGCAUGGUUCAAUAUAACUACUUUUCUCAUACAGGUAGAGAUGGAAGCCAGUUUUGGGAACGCACAGAAGCUGCAGGUUAUCCGAAGAAUUGUGGCGGCGCCGAAAAUAUUGCUGGCAAUCAAACUCCUGAAAAGACAGUCAAUGGUUGGAUCGCCAGUUCUGGACACUGUGCUAAUCUCAUGAGCAAAAGUUAUAAAGCACUUGGCGUUGGAUAUGCUCAAGGCGGUACUUACGGAGCCUAUUGGGUUCAAAAUUUUGGCGGGUGCUAA